UCAAAUUGGUGUGAUUGCAUUGAUGCAUACAUCUAAUGGCCACUGAUAUGCUAUUUUUCAAGUUGCAUGAUUUUUUCAUAAAAAAGUUGUGAUCUAUACCUGAUAUUUAAAUUUUUUUGCAAAUCACUAUUAAUAUUGAAUGAUUCCACAUAGAAAAGCAAGAGAGCAAAAGUGCACUUUUUAUUAAUAUAUAUAUAUAUAUAUAUAUUUGGACAAGGUUUUCCUACAAUCCGUGUUAGAGAAACUUUGUGUUGCCUCAUGUGUGAGAACCUCUAAGAUGAUUCAUGUGCAUAAUUUACGUGAUCAAAAGAUCCCAAAAGUCAUCAUACUCCUUUUCAAUAAUUCUUUCAUGUUGUUUUGAAAAAAUCAAUCAUUAUAUUUCAGGAGAAAGUAAAAAGUGGUUGAAGAGAGUGGGGAGUGCUCAGAGUUUACUUUAUAAACUCAGUCAAAAUCACCUCAAUUGGCUUCUAAUUUCAUGCUUUGGAAGAAGUUCGAAGCUCAUGGAAAAAAGUAAUGACUCAAAGCUACGAGUUGGGUAAUGAAUGCUUGCAAACAAACUACUACGGCACAAAAAGGAUGAUUGAAGCACUCAAUCCCCUCCUCCAGCUCUCUGAUUCACCAAGGAUUGUAAAUGUCUCCUCCAUGGGGGGGAAGCUAGAGUUAAUACCUAGUGAAUGGGCUAAAGGAGUGUUGAAUGAUGUUGAAAGCCUUACAGAAGAGAGAGUAGAAGAGGUACUGAAUGAGUUUCUAAAAGAUUUCAAACAAGAUUCGUUAGAAACCAAAGGUUGGCCUACUUUUUCGUCUGCAUAUACAAUGUCAAAAGCUGCCAUAAAUGCGUACACAAGAAUUCUGGCCAAGAAGUAUCCCACAUUCCGCAUAAAUUGUGUUUGCCCCGGUUGGGUUAAAACAGAUAUAAACAACCACAUCGGCAAACUAACUACAAAACAAGGUGCUCAAUGUCCUGUGAAGCUAGCUUUGUUGCCUGAUGAUGGGCCUUCUGGCCUCUUCUUUAUUGACAAUGAACCAUCGUCUUUUGUGUAUGCAGUUGUAAUAGGGUUAAAUAAAGGAACAGGGUUUGAGAUAUGUAGGCAAUUAGCUUCUAAGGGAAUCAUAGUGGUGUUGACUACUAGAGAUGAGAAGAAAGGCUUUGAAGCCCUUGAGAAACUUAAAAGUGAUGGCCUCUCUGAUCAUGUGGGUCAACUUGAUGUUGUGGACCCAUCUAGUGUUGCUUCCCUUGCUGAUUUUAUCAAGUCCAAAUUUGGAAGGCAUGAUAUCUUGGUGAACAAUGCUAGGAUUCUUGGAACCAAGAUGGAUUGGGAUUCUUUGCAGUCAUUAGAGGGUAGUUGGUUGGAUAUCUAUGGAUAUCAAAUAUCCAUGAGGGCGGAGCUAGAGUUGAAAAAUUUCCCUCAUAACGAGGGUGGAACGGGAGCAAGGAUGGGAGCAGAGAACGACAAACUUGUUCCAAACCGCCGUGGCCAUCCCUGUCAAUGA